AUGGAUGAGUGCAAGGCCACAGCAAGUCCGGUCGACUUGAGCACUCGGCUUGUCGCAAGCACCGAAGCGGCCAAGAUCGACGUUCCGUUUCGUGAAGCUGUGGGAGCUUUGAUGCACUUGACGACUGCGACGCGCCCGGACAUUGCGUAUGCUGUGGGGUACGUCUCGCGCUUCAUGGAGAAUCCGCAGCAAGAACAUUGGACGGCGGUGAAGCGCAUCUUUCGUUACUUGCAAGGGACCAAGUCGCACGGACUCCGCUUCCAGCCAAGCGACAAGAUCGACUUUCGUGGCUACUCGGACGCGGACUGGGCCGGCGACCACGCUGAUCGCAAGUCGACUUCGGGUUACACUUUCAUGCUGAUGGGUGCUCCUGUGAGUUGGGGAAGCAAGAAGCAGUCAAGUGUGUCGCUGUCGACGAGUGAAGCGGAAUACAUCGCACUGAGUCUGGCCAUCCAGGAAAGCAAGUGGGUGCAUCGCCUGCUAUGCGAGAUUUUGGCGGCCGCAAACGAACCAGGACCGGACCUCGUCAUCUGUGAAGACAACCAGUCGUGCAUCAAGAUGACGAAGAAUCCGGUGAAUCAUGGCCGCGCCAAGCACAUCGACAUCAAGUACCAUCACAUCCGUGAUGAGGUCAAGCGCGGGGAAGUGCAGCUCGAGUAUUGCGAGACUUCCGUGAUGAUGGCGGACAUCAUGACCAAGGGACUUUCGGGACCUCGUCACAAGGACUUGACGACGGCUCUCGGCAUUCAUGCGAGUUCGGAUUGA